AUAUAUAUAUACACACUCUCUCUCUCUCACACAUGUAUUCCUCUAUAUACACACAUAUUUCGUAACAUUAACAAUCGGUUUUCCUCUUCCUCUUUCCACUUCUGCAAAUCGAAUAAUCCGAAGAAGAAGAAGAUGAUAGACUUCGCUCGAGUUCAGAAGGAGCUUCAAGAAUGCGGCAAGGACGUGGAGGGCUCCGGCAUCAGAGUCGCCCCCAAGUCCGACGCCACUCUCGCUCGCCUCGUCGGAACCAUUCCCGGCCCUAUCGGAACCCCCUACGAAGGCGGCGUCUUCCAGAUCGAUAUCACCUUACCGGAUGGGUAUCCUUUUGAGCCUCCCAAAAUGCAGUUUUCGACUAAAGUUUGGCAUCCUAAUAUCAGCAGUCAAAGUGGAGCUAUUUGCCUUGAUAUCUUGAAGGAUCAGUGGAGCCCGGCUCUCACUUUGAAAACAGCUCUUCUUUCUGUACAAGCAUUGCUUUCUGCUCCAGAACCUGAUGAUCCUCAAGAUGCUGUGGUGGCAAAACAGUAUCUUAAAGACUAUCAGACCUUUAUCAGCACUGCUCGGUACUGGACAGAAACCUUUGCCAAGACAUCGUCGCGUGGGAUUGAAGAGAAGGUGCAAAAACUUGUAGAGAUGGGCUUCCCUGAAGCGCAGGCGAGGACUACUUUGGAAUCUGUUGGUGGUGAUGAGAACUUGGCUCUUGAGAAGCUUUGCUCCGGUUAAGAGUUUGAAACAGCUGAUAGCAGAUUUAAUCUUGUUUUGCAGCGUAAGAGCUACAUCCAUCAAACUUUCACCUAAUGGGCAAGUUACUUUUGGAGCUCCGGCACAAGGAGGGAUUGUCAAAUAUUAAUUGCAUUACAGUGUUGAGAAUUGCAAAUUUCAUUUGUGUCAAAUCUCUUUUAUUAUUUUCUAA